AUAGUCCAAAAUGCCUAGAGAACGACGUGCGAACAUCGGCCGCCGCACAAGACAUGCAAGCCAGCAACAAGUCUAUUCAAGGAACUUAAGAGAAGAAAGACAAAAUAUAAUAAGAGAAAAUGACCGAUUGAGACAUCGCGUGAGCACACGAAGAUCAUUGGCAUCAUACAAUCGCUUGGCAUUCCAAUAUGAUCCCACUGCGAACUACAGUGAUGAUGAAAAUUUGGAUAUUGGACGAAUGACGACUAUAUGCCGAUAUUGCAAUGCGGUAAAGUUCAAAAGAGAAACGGUUGGAUUGUGCUGCGCAAGUGGAAAAGUCAAACUGGAUCCAUUACUUACACCACCACAGCCACUGAAAACAUUGUUUGAUGGAAGUGAUCCCGAUUCCAGCCAUUUUCUUCAACACAUCCUUGAAUACAAUAACUGCUUUCGCAUGACUUCCUUUGGAGCUAAUAUCAUUCGAGAAGGCGGCUUCAUGCCGACUUGCAAGAUACAAGGUCAAAUAUAUCAUUUGCAUGGUUCAAUGGUGCCAACACCAGAUGAACCGCAUCAAUUUCUGCAAAUAUAUUUCAUUUCGUCGAUGGUGGAUCAGCUGAACGUGCGGUGCAAUAUACAGGGAGCACAACAGUUAAAGAGACGAAUUAUUGAACAGUUGCAAGCAUUUUUUCACGCUAAUAAUGCUGUGGUUAAUAUGUUCAAAACAGCAUUGGAACGAAUGCCAUCGGAUACGCACAAAUUUGUCAUAAGAGCGGAUUGUACUCCAACAGGUGAACAUGUGCGAAGAUUCAAUGCACCCACCGUUAAUGAUGUUGCUGCAAUUAUUGUUGGCGAUCCAACUAAAUCACGAGACAUUGUCGUUCAGCGAAGAAGCAAUAUCAUGCAUCGUGUAAACGAGACACAUCGUUUGUACGAUGCGUUACAAUAUCCAAUCAUUUAUUGGCAAGGGCAAGACGGAUACGACAUCACGUUGAAGAUGGUCGAUCCAAUUACAGGUACAAUAUUCACACACUAAUUAUUUCCAUUAU